GUUUCCACAACCUGACGAUAACUUGUUUUGUGCUGUGGGCAAGGCUUUUGUAUUGCCGAAAAAACGACAUUUUGUGAUCGAAUUAUUCGGUUGCUAUACUCACCAAGUGGAUGGGGGUUGUUCAUGAAGCGAUAUAGACGGGCUACGAGUUGAUUUCUGCGUUUAUUAGCAGCAACACAGAUUUGAACAUAAGGAAGUAUUGUCGGUUGUUUACUGGACGCGUUUGGGUGAAGGACAAUUUCAGAUUCGAAAUACGCGACCUUUCUCCGUCUGUUUGUGAAAAGGGACAUUUAUUUGAGCUCCGCUACACCUUCGACCCAGAUUGGGUUUAACCCGAAGUUGACCAAACAGUAAAAACUGCUCUAACUUUGGUUGGCUGGAAAGUUCCAGACGUCGGAAAACUAAGGACAUCGACGUAGGAUUUAUUGAUACUCACAGCCAGUGGCAAGACAGAUUAUCCGACCUAAUUUUUAACUUAUCCGAUUUAUAGGUCUAUAUUUAAGUCCAGGUCAAAAGUGAUUGUAAAUAUUCGACAUUAUUAUUGAAAACGCUCACGAAAAAGUCAAAAUGUCGAGUAAUCAAGGAGGUAAAACGGACAUGGAGCGGGUUGGCCUGUUCAAAGAGAUGGAAUACACAACAAUUGGACAUAGGUAUCAACCACCAAACAGCCAACCGUUCAAUGCUCCGGCACACAAGGGUAAGCAAAUGUUACCUGGUGGAAGUAAGAUCAAGUCAUCACUGCAAGCUGGAUACUUUGAUGGUCAGUUUGGUAGAGUGUUCAGUGGAGAAGGUUACAGUGAUCCAGUCAAAAUGAGGAGACAAACCAGAAUUAAAGAGGCCCAGAAGAAUCUUGGAAAAUCAUUUUUACCAAGUAACGGUGACAAAAAACCAUCUGGUGCAGGCAGCCAUUAUGGAACGUUUGGUGGACCAACUGGUGCAUUCAGUCCAGUCAAGAGGGGAGGAAAAGCAUACUCUGCUCCGGGAAAGAACAUUCUAACUAAUCCAUCCAAGAAAGGUACUGGAUAUGGCUAUGUGGGUGUUACCAUUGGAGGUACACAUAAACACUCCUCAGAUGCCUUUGACCGACCAAAAGAACUGAGAAGGAAAGAGCUGAUGCAACAUAAAAGCCAAUUGAAAGGAAGCUCAUUCAAACUCAACAUGCAUCCUAGCGAAUAUUUUGACGGGAAUCCAUACAAAUCGGACAAACCACUGCCUCCUAUCAAGAAAACGUCAGCCAUUAAAAGAGAUGUUAGACCAUUCCGUCCUAGCAAUCCUGGCAAACAUCUUGGAGGAAGUAACGCAGGCACAUUUGAUCCCUAUCCAACUCAUUCUAAUGAUCCAUACAAACCAAAGGGAAAGAAGAAGGAGCCUCCUGUCAACAAAUCAGGAAAGAUCUUCAUGCCAUCACCAGGUCCAAAGAGUGCACCAAUGAAUUCAGUUCAAAACCAGAAUGUGUACAGGUCUAUCAAUGGUACAAAUUUCAAGACUGUGACGUCAGUUAUGGCAUACUAGACAAUAGACAACAUCAGAAGAUAAACAUGCACAAUACUAGAACUUACAGGAUUGGUACUGUGUCUGAGAAUAAAUUUGAAAUAAUAUAUUACAAUUUAUUCCAAAGUGUGAUAAAUAAAAUUACAUAAAUACUGUCUGUUGAUAAAGCCUAGUAAUUUCAAACUUGUGAGAUUUUGUAAGUUUCAAGUUUUUUAAAUCUUCAAUUGUGCAUCUGGAUAAUUGCUAUAUAUUUUUUAAAACCAGCAGUUUCCAAAAAUUAUACUGAAGUGAAAAAAACUUUCUUCAACAGCCAUCACAACAUUGUGUGUCAACUAACAUGAAGUUAAGGGGCUGACAGUAGUUUUUAUAGAUGACUAGGGAGUCUGUAGUAAAUGCUAUACUUCUGUAUUCUAAAUUCUGCCUGUGGUUAAAGAGCUCAUAGUUUUUUGUAGGCAACUGGGAGACUGCAGUGAAUAUCUGCAUGUGGCUAUGAGCUCAGAUAGGUGGCUGAGGGGACUGUCAUAAAUUAUGGCAGUAUUAUGGAUUUUAUAUAAUGAAAAUUAUGACACGUGAUUGUACAUAAAGUUAGAGAGAACUUUCUACAUCUUUUUAAAAUAUAUUUGUAUUCUUCACAGCACUUUAUCAUUGGUGUAGUUUGUAAACUCUAUGGUAUCAUAAACCACCUAAGGUCUAUGCAUAAACUGGUCAAGUUAAUUUGAUAAAAUCUACAGUAUCCAGUUUCACUUAGAAUAUUAUUAACAGUGUAUUUGUUUUUAUGUUUUUUUCAACACAGAAAAUCAUGCGUGUGUCGUUUCAAGUGUGUAAGUGCUGUAUGUACAUCACCAGGAACUUUUCAAUAAUUUAAUAUAUCAAUUUUAAAAUGUAUUUCCUGCAACAAUCUAUGAUUGAUUGCUUAUAACACUUUCAACACAAAUCAGGUUUUAUCAAGUCAUAACUCUAUACACACUGUAAAACCAUUUAUUUUCACUGACAUUUAAUUUCACUAUUUUGAUGUUUUUCAUGGAUUUGUCAAGAAAACAAUGAGUUUUUUGUUAUUUUACAUGUUCACGUAGAUUUAAUUUAGUGGAUUUAAUUAUCAGCAAAAAUGACGAAAUUAAAACCCAGUGAAUAAUUAAUGCAUUUACAGUACCGGUAGUAUGUUACAUAUUUAAAAAAAAAACAUGUUAAUCAAAAUCUGGAGCUGAUUAGAAAUAUUGUUAUAGUGCAUAUUGUUCUCAGUUGUGUUGUGUUAGUCUCUGCAUGCUAUAACAGUAUGCAGAAAAAACAAAAUCGUGCAACGAUAAUGUUUUUAUCGAUGCGAUAUAAGAAUUUCAGAUUGAACAACAAUUGCUUAAUCAUGGUACAAUGGCAAUAUUUCACAAUGACUGAGAGUUUAUUUUGAAAACAAAAUAUUGCUAAUAAUGCUUAUAUUUCUGUCAAUUUUGGAAAUCAUCAGUGCAUCAACUUAUGCGCGUAGACAUCAUGCCUAAUUAGCAUACAAUUUGCAUACAAUUUCUCAGUUGUUUCGACACUAUCAUGUGAUAGAAAGGUUAUUAAAAAAGGUUAAACUUUGCAUAAACCACACUUCAAUUAGGACAAAUUAUGGUUUGAAUUUAACAUUUUAAACAAAUAUGGAACACUAUUAUAGUAUUUACAAGUACAGUAUUUUCCAAGGUUGUGUGUGUGAAAUUUAGACUUCUGAGUCUCACUUCCAUGUUUGAUGUAUUUAUGCAGUCAGAAUAUCCAAGGCUAGAUUCACCAUGCUUUUACCCAAAGUGUAAUCUGUGUUUUUGUUACCAUUAUACUGAAGUGCUAUAUCUUACAUGUGUAAAUUAAUUUUAAUAAAAUCAAUUGUGUAUAC